UAAAGACGUGAAGAGACGGAAAAGAGAGGUGAAGGAUCGUUGGCGUGGACGAUUUAGACGCGUUGUGGAGCUCUUCCGUUCGGCGCCCCUCCUUGUUCAAAUAUCCCAAUGGGCCUGCCCAAAAUUGCGACCUAUGCUUCAUGGAUUUCCGCUGCGUCAGACAGAGAGUUUUUUGUUUGCAAGAAUUCGAGUUUUGUCCAUCUUAGUGUCGGAGGCUUAUUUCGUUUACCUUCGCGUCGUUACCUACACUGGGAGCACAAUGUCGACUCUAGCUGCUGCUCGAGCAGAUAAUUUCUAUUAUCCACCAGAAUGGACGCCAGACCAAGGUGGUCUCAACAAGUUCAAUGGCCAGCAUGCUUUGCGAGAGAGGGCCAAGAAAAUCGAUCAAGGCAUCCUUGUUAUUCGUUUCGAGAUGCCGUAUCACAUCUGGUGUGGAGGAUGUGGUCACAUGAUUGCUCAGGGCGUGCGCUUUAAUGCAGAAAAGAAACAAGUUGGCAACUACUACUCGACGAAGAUAUGGAGCUUCAAAAUGAAAGCUCCUUGCUGUGGGCAAGAGAUAGUCAUACAGACAGACCCCAAGAACACUUUGUAUGUUAUUAUUAGCGGGGCCAAGGAGAAGACAGUAACCUACGACGAGGUUGAUGCAGAGGCAGUACUGCUUCCCGAGAAAGAAGAUAGAGGAAAGUUGGCUGAUCCGUUUUACAAGCUUGAGCACGAGGGUGAAGACACAGCAAAGGCAAAGAAGCAAGCCCCUUUACUUGUGAGGUUACAAGAAGCAGCAGAUAGGAAGCACUCUGACAGCUAUGCACGAAACAAGGCACUUCGAGCUCAACUUAGGGCUCAGAAGAAGAGAGUAGCUGCUGAGGAGGUGGAAGCACAGAAACUAGGUUUGGCGAUCCGGUUACUGCCUCCUUCCAAAGAAGACAGUGAUUACGCUGCGAAUGUCAAGUUUGCCAGUAACUUUGGACUUAAUCAGAGAAAUAAGCGAGCAGCCAUCCAAGCUACCUCUAUUUUCUCUUCUGAAACUUCCAAGCAUUCCACAAACACCUCACGGCCAAGUCCUGCUUCUGCUCUUCGUCAAAAGCUCGAUCUGUUGGCUAAGAGGAGAAGAGUGAAUGCUGCAGGUGCUAAGGAAAUUCUUUGUAGUAAUGUUAAGCCUUUAACUAGGGGCGUCCUUGAGAGGGGAUCACUUUCUGUCAGACCACCUGUGAAGCUGAAGCAGGCUUGAACCAUGUCUUCCUUUCGAAGUUAUUUGUACAUUAGUUUUGAAAUGUUACGUGAAAUGGUUCACCAAAGAGUGAAGCAAAGGCAUACAUGCCUUGAUGUUCAUAUCCUUGUAAAUAAUUUUUUUUGAGUUUAUAAGUAAAGACUAUCAUUUCAAUUA